CCAUCAUCAUCGCAUCGAUCAUCGCAUCAUCAUUACCACUAGCCACUAUCGAUAUUCAGAGCCGGUCUUCGUGCAAAUGCUUACCUCCAAAUCUCAGCGUCGUCCUAUCGCCUAGAACAAAUCCCGCCAGACGUCUAGACAGAUCAACGGACAGAUCCUUUGGACCCCCCUUGCGGAUAAUCGACCGGCCGACCGCAAUCGAACAAGACAUCCGUAUCAGGACUGCUAGUACACCAGAAGUCAACAACGUUCUUGAGAUACAGAGUAGCCCGGAUGGACGAACACGAUCUGCCCAUGGCGGGGACCAAAGACGGUUACUUGCACGGAGACCCCUUGAUGAGAUGGGUCGUCGACAUCGCGGCUAGGGUGGACACCGGAAGGACUUUGCACAUGGUACUGAUGGACUUGCAGUCCCAACUCGAGGCUCUGGCGCAGAGCCUAUCGGAGCGCGGCCCUGAUCCUUAUCCCUUGUCUGAUCUCCCCGACGUACCCGACAUCCUCGAAGCAAUAGAAUUAGUCUGUCAUCUAUGCUCGUCGAACAGGAAACAACUUCGACCUCCAGCAUGGCUCGAAGGAAUCUGGGAGAUUUCACCGAGUGGACGUGGCUGGCUGGCAAGUCGAAUGAAACAGUUGAACACUCCUAUCCCUCUCGACGGCACGCUCAAUCAAAUUUUCGAGCGAGCCUGCGGGGUCCCUCAAAGGGAUCCUCUCCCCGUCGUUGAUCCUGCUAUCAUCGCAAGGGAUUUCUCGAGACCUUACAUGGGAGGCGGAGCCGGUACUUUGGAUGAGUGGGUCCUGUACUACAAAAAACAGGUUGAUAAUAGCGAAACCUCUGCAAGGCAUUUCUACGCCAACGUGAUCCCAAUUCUUCAAUCUUCCGGGUCGGGAAAGACCAGGACUGUCAUGGAACUCAGUCGGUCACGAUUGGGAAUGUUGGUCUGCGUUCGACCCAAAGUCGCGCUCAGAGACGGCAUACCACUUUCCACCUCGAUACCGCCCCGAGAUGAUAUCGUCGCCGACGAUCUCCUGGCUCCGUCUGAAGGAUUCUUCCAUUCUACUAGAAUCAUCGCAACUUGGUUGAUCGCGUUGGCUAGAAAGUUAGCGGAAUUCUACCGAGAGGAUUUCACCGAGUUCUGCAAACGGAACCACACGGACUCAGCCGCGGCGAAAAGAGACCCAAAAUUAUGGGCAGUCUACAAGUCACGUGUCGCAGAACUGCUAAAACCGGAGUCCGUCAGCAUGUCACCCGUUUCGUCUCCCAAUCCCGAAUUCGAAGAGGGUUCAUUUGCGUCCUUGAGGCACCGACUGCUGGAGAACGUGACUCGCACAGCCGUUACUUUAAGAGAGCAGUCGUGCUAUUCGAUGGAUGAGUACUAUAUAAGCACAGGGGACAAACAGGGCUCAGAAGCUAGCAGUGCGGCGGGAUUCUUCCAGAAAGAUUUGGACGACGCCUUUCAACACAUUACCGAUUUCAUUGGCGAUUCCAGCGAGUACUUUCAUCUCGCCAUCGAUGAAUGCGGCUCCCUAGGAGAACGCUUGCACAUAUUGCGUAGGCUAUGGUCAUACACCCAUGGUGUUUUCCUCUUCUUCCUGGACACCAAUACCGAGAUCGCGUUGACCUACAACGAUGGCCCGGUGCUCAGCUCAGCCCGACCGACCAGCGUGAACAAGAAACUCAUGGAGCCAUUCCUCGCGCUGCCGCAAAAUCUUGCCCUUCGCGCGGACGAAGAGAGAUACGCUGAGAUCCUCAGCGGUCAAGGCGAUCCCGUUAAACAUUGUGAUCUUCUCAGUUGGCUGCCCAAAAUGGGUAGACCUCUAUUGAACGAUACUCCUUAUCAGGAGAUCACCGAAACCUCAAUGGACUUGCUCAUCACGAAGAUUCUCAAGACCACGUCGCGAGAGCAAUGGCAUACCUCCUGUGUGCAGACAAUUGCUCUUACUUCGCAGCGUAUGCCUUUGACUUUAGUUGGGCUACAGGGCCGACCGAUACCUGAGUCCAUCUCGACAGAGACAACGGGAUCUCCAGCGCAAUUUGCAGUAGACCUUGUCAAGAAUCAUUUACGCCGCCUUGCCAAAGUAUUGCCAGGAGUCAGAGAAGUAAGGACAAGCAGUCCUUCUGAACCGCUGCUGAGUCUAGCUGCGGCUGCCUUAUUCCGGCAAAAUCCAGUCAAAGCUUGGAACAGUGCACUUCAGUACGUCCUGGAAGCAAAGCAAGAACAUGGACUGACCUCAGGGGAAAUUGGGGAAGAAGUUGGCCGCACCUGUCUAACAAGUGCUACUGACUUUGUUUCACGAAAGAAAUCGUUGCUCGAACGAACCGCCCCCAUCAGGCUGAGCGAAUUCUUCAAAGAACUGUUCUUCGAAACACCUGAAGAGAGAGCUAAAGCCGCUCAGCUGUUGAGGCACACAAAGGACUAUUGGAUUAACUUCACCCACUACGCGCGCUCCCAUCGUCUAUUUCACGACGCGACGAAGAUGCCCAUUGCGACAGUGGUUGAAGCCUACACAAGGCAAGCGGCGAUUGUCGGCCAGCCGAAACAAGAAUGCUGGGAUGCUCUUCUGCCUGUCCUUUGGAGCGAGGACUGCCCCGUUGGAAAUCAAGCUUUCGACCCAGCAGACAUCUCGUACGUCUCGGUACUAUUUCACAAUCAGGGCGCUGGCGAGACAGAAGGGGCACGCAGCAAUCUCGCUGUCUCAAGCAUUGACAUGCCGUCUGCAACCCACAAAGUACUCGUCACGAUCUGGUUCGAUCUCUGCGGUAAAUCUGCACCGUGUCACAUAUACCCGUCGCCGGUCUUCGACAAAUCGAGAGCAAACCCUCCAGCCAUACAGUACUUUCACCUGACCGCUAGCGGUCACACGCAAGAGACUUUGAAGGUAUUGCGUCAUCUGAAUCGAGAGGCCCAAGAGACCAUCCGAACGCUGCUCGGAGCCGAACCGCUUCAGGAGGCUGUUCAACCGAUAGUAGCCUUGAAAGAGAAUCACGGAGAGGUACACUGGCUGAGUUGCUGAACGCGUCGACACCUCAAGCUUUGCGCUCUAACGGGGACACGCCCUGGGCGAGAUGAGCCGGGCGUGGCAAGGGCUUUCUCGGCGGGAGACGAGGUUCUGCAUCAAGAGACUGACUAUACAA